AAGACGGAGCGUCUUGUUGUCUUGUGUCGGCCAUCACAUAAAAAGUGAACCUCGAGUUAGAAGUUUUCUUCUCGUAUUUUGAAAAGGAUUUUAUUCCCUGAUCUCCACCACAAGCUGGAAGGGAGGGAAGAAACAGUAUUGGAGCGACUCACAUGGCCCAGGGAUCAGAGGAGCCCCCGUUCUUACGAGUAGGCACCGAAGUUAGUGCUAAAUAUCGUGGAGCAUUCUGUGAAGCAAGCAUCAAGACGGUAAAGAAGCAUGUGAAAUGCAAGAUACAGUACAAAGACAACUCCACAGCUACUCUUACUGAUGAUGUAGUCAAAGGAGAUUUGAAGAUUGGCUCUGAUGUUGUGGUGAAAACUCUAGAUGGGCGAUUAAUGGAUGGAGUUAUCAUAAAACUCACAGAUGCCAGUACAUAUACUGUUGUCUUUGAUGAUGGAGACGAGAGAACUCUAAGGAGAACAUCCCUCUGUCUGAAAGGAGGGAGGCAUUUUAAUGAAAGUGAAACCUUAGAUCACCUACCCCUUACUGACCCAGAAAACUUUGGUACACCAGUCAUACAGAAUGGGAAAAAGAGAAAGAAAAGAAGACCUAGRGCACAGCAAUCAAGUUUUGAAGAUGGUGAUUCUGAGAAAGAAGAAGGUUCUCCCAUCCCAACUAAAAAGAAAUGUUCCUAUAAUGAUAGUAUAUUAGGCAAGGUCAUUAUUGUAGAYCGAGGUGCACGCAGGAAAUCUCAUUGGUUCCCUGCAUUGGGAGUGAGUCCAAGCCAAGAGAAUUUGAUGUACAUCAAGUCAAAYGAUCAAUGCUUAGCUCGUUCUUUCAAAGAUGGAAACUAGUAAGUGAUAACAAUGUUCCCAGUGCAUAUCAAGUAAUAUACAUCUAGUCUUUGGAUUAUGGAUUAUGAAGGAAAAAAACAUUCUCAUAUCAGACCGUACUCGGGGUUUUGAAUAGUGGAAAAUAUCACUUUUUAUUGCUUAUUUAAUCACCAUUUUUGUGAUGAAAUUAUGUGCGGUUUUCUGCAGGUGUAGAACCUCCCAUUAUUUUUCCCAUGCCAGCUGUCUGUUUUUUGUUUUUACUGAGAACCCUGCCUACACACUCUCUGUCAGAGACAGGAAAAACUUAUUAAGUGAGAAAAAGUUAUUUUUU